AUGACAGCAUCGUCUCCUCUGGCGGCAAUCCACCGCCCAGUCCCUGCUCCUACAUGGGGAGGCAGAGACAUCUUCCGCUCCCAUUACGCCGGCAACUCAGCUUCUGGAUCUCUCAGUCUUCGGGAACAGCUGCACAAGGGCACAGGGGAAUACCUCGACGGCAAAGUCCGAGGAUCUUCUCCUGGUGGGAGCCUGGCAGCUGAUCUUUCCCAGAACUUCCGGCUUGAUAACGAGGCGAGUCCCAAGUUUACAACGCCUCGACGUGCACUUUUCACAGCAAAUGUCGUGGGCAGCGUUAGCAGCAGAGACUUCGUGACAACUCCUCCUCUACCACCUUCUUCGCCUAGUCAGCGUACCGAGAUCCUGGAGUCGUCUCCUCUGCCACUCAAGGUGACCUUCAGCGAGUCAUCUCUGGACCUAUUGAGAUCGCGCUCUCGCCACGCAUCAUUAGAGCCAGCGAAACCCAUUGUUGCCGACCGUAGGAUGGCAACCCCACGGCGGACACUCUCUGGCCGAGCGAAGAGCAUUGCCGGCAUUGUCUCUGGCUCCCAACCUUCAUCAUUGCAGUUUGGAGCUACCACCUCAACCCUAUCGCUUGACGAGUGUUUUGAGUCAGAUUCCCCCGAACAGGACCGUAACACGCCUACAUCAUCCAACAGCCCUUGCCCAGCUAUCCCUAUAGGUCUUCGUUCAAGAUCUCAACUCGCGAGUAUCGCAAGCAUCAAUCGCCACGGCUCGCCAGGCAAUCUUCAUUCUAGAAGACAGUCAAAUCCUUUCCUGAGAACACGAAAACAAUUUCGUCGUUCUUUGAGUAUGUUCGAGAGCCCCGCGGAUGUUAUGAAGCCGAAGCCCGAGAAAGAACUUGCCGCCGCCCCGAUACUCAAGGCCUCCGUGACUGAAAUCGAAGAGGCACACGAGCCCAUCAUCCCUCACUUCCUCCCCGACGAUCCUACAGAUACAAUUCCUCGAAUCACAAGAGAGACGAUGCUGGCCAUCUUGGAUGGCAAGUAUAGUGAUAAGUUUGCUCAGCGAAUGGUCAUUGACUGUCGAUUUGAGUAUGAGUAUGAAGGUGGCCAUAUCGAUAGCGCUGUCAACCACAACAACAAAGAACUGUUGGCCGACCAGCUCUUUCAGACCCCAAUGGAGGGCCUCAGUUUACUCAUCUUCCACUGUGAAUAUUCGGCUCACAGAGCCCCUCUCAUGGCGCGUCAUAUUCGCUCUCAAGACCGGACCAUCAACGCUGAGCAUUACCCCCGCUUGACCUAUCCGGAGAUUUAUAUCCUGGAUGGUGGCUACAGCGGCUUCUUUGCUGAGCACCGAGCAAGAUGCUUUCCCCCAGAGUAUGUCGAGAUGUCAGAUGAGAAGCAUCAGCGCACCUGCGAAAGGGAAAUGGGCCGUUUGAAGUCUCGGAAGCCCUUUGGCCGUGCGCAGACUUUUGCAUUUGGUCAGCGGAGCACAAGUCUUCACGACUCUCCUACCGGCCCUCCCCGCCCUCAAUCCCGGAAUGUUAACGCAUCUCCUCCCGCUCUUUCCUCUCCCGCUGUUUCUGCGUUUGAUUCUCCCACAAUCGGCGAUCGAACACCGGCUCGCCGCAUGGCAUCCUACUAG